AUGUUGUUGAACAUAACGCCCUUGCACCCCAUCGAGGAUGAUAAGGGAGCCUUUGCCCAUUUCAUGCUUGAAAAUGCGCGUGACUGGUCUCUUUCCAACUGGGAGGAUGACAUGAAGCUCGCAAAAGAUGCCCAUAUCGAUGCAUUCGCACUCAAUUUUGCCGCCUCGUUCUCAGACUUGUCUUCCAUGUCGUUGGCUUUUAAAGCCGCGGAGAACACUGGCUUCAAGCUAUUCUUUUCUUUUGAUUAUGCUGGUGCUGGGCCAUUCGAGAAAGCCCUCGUGAUAGGCUGGAUAAAGCUCUACAGCGGGUUUUCGCCGUAUUAUAAGUUCAGAGGAAAGCCCUUUGUGUCUACCUUCGAAGGGCCCGGAAAUGCAAAAGACUGGGGAGAGAUCAAGGAAAAGACAAAUUGCUUCGUUGUGCCGUCGUGGUCUUCCCUGGGCGCAAAGGAUGCUCUGAAGCCGGGCACCGCGAAUGGACUAUUCAGUUGGGCCGGUUGGCCGUGGGGCAACAAGGACAUGGAUACGUACGUCGAUGCAUCCUACUUGGAUUAUCUUGAUCAAGCCGAUGGCAAACCAUAUAUGAUGCCGGUCUCUCCAUGGUUUUAUACCAACCUCCCCGGAUAUGAUAAGAAUUGGCUUUGGCGAGGUGACACUCUCUGGACAGACCGUUGGGAACAAGUCAUGGUGGUUCAGCCGAAGUGGUUGCAGAUCAUCAGCUGGAAUGACUACGGUGAAUCCCAUUAUAUUGGCCCUCUUCGCGAUAUCGACAACUAUCAAGCAUUCAAGGUGGGCAAGGCACCGUUCAACUACGCCCAUGGCAUGCCUCAUGAUGGCUGGCGUCUCUUCCUACCCUACUGGAUAGACACGUACAAGAAGGGAAAAGGCACAAUCACUAAGGAGGGCGUGGUUGGGUGGUAUCGGCCGAACCCUGUCGCUGCAUGCAACGAUGGUGGUACAACUGGGAAUACGGCCAGUCAGCUGCAGCUUGAAUUUGAGCCUGCUCAAGUGGUGCAGGACAAGAUCUUCUUCUCUGCACUACUUACUUCUUCGGCUACCAUCACUGUCACUGUUGGAGGCGCAUCCAUCCCCGCUACAUGGGAUUUUAUCCCGGACGGCGGGGUUGGCGUGUACCAUGGAAGCGUAGGAUAUGGGAGCUUUCUGGGGGAUGUGAAGAUUUCUAUCUCUCGUUCCGGUGCUAUGAUUGCGGAGUUCAGCGGCCCGGCCAUCACGACAAGCUGCAAGGACGGUUAUAACAAUUUCAAUGCGUGGGUGGGGAGUGCCUCCGGUCCCAGUAUCUCAGCCGUCUCACCCAAAUUGCCUAUCGAGAAACAGACCUGCAUCCAGGGCACAGCACCGGGUAACUUCCAAGGCCUCUGUGAAUUCACCUGCAAAUACGGAUACUGCCCCAUCGGAGCCUGUCAGUGCACCAAGAUGGGUGCCCCGAGAGUGAAGCCCAAACCCACAGGCGUGGAAGGGUAUCCAAUCGCCGGCGAAGGAUCCAGUUACAUCGGCCUCUGCGCCUUUGCGUGCAACUAUGGGUACUGUCCACCGGACGCAUGUGGUGCAACAAAGGUACCUCUGACAGAACCUACCGUUUCGCCUUUCCUUCCGCCCGCUUGCACCGCGGGUACGGGCGAGGGAGACCUCCAGGGGCUAUGUUCAUACGCCUGCAACUACGGAUUUUGUCCCAUUCACCACUGCAAGUGCACUGCGACGGGAGCCCUCAACCGCCCACCGCCUGCCAAUACGACCUUCAGUGCGGAAUAUAUCGGAGGUGAUGGGAAAGAUAGUGGGCUUUGCAAGUUUGCAUGCCAGCGUGGCUAUUGUCCGGAUGUUUGUGCAAGUACCGAAGGCGUGAUCGCCUCUUGCACGGACGAUGAUGACCGCCCCGAGUGCGCUGAAGAGCUUCCUUGCGACUAUAGCCUGACAUUCAAUUCAUUGGAGGCCUUGGCGAAGGCCUCCAGCGACAUACCCAAGGGCUGCAUGCCAAUGUAUGCGGCGCAGGUCCUCAUGGACACGCUGGACACAGCGCUGGCAAACUACACCGACGUCGACAAUGGUUACGAUGACAAGUUCGGGUACUACGUCAAAUACCUCCGCGCCAUGGUCCCUGGUGCUAUCUCCAAAUUUGUAUCGCUGAACAAAGGUGAGGGGCCAGGUAACAAGUAUUUCCAGUGCAGGUGGGCCAUGCCAGGCAAGGAGAAGGGGGAGUACCAGAGCUGUCCAAUCAUCAACACAUCCGAGCAAGUGUACAUUGAGUAUAAGUUGAUCGACGAGGAUGGUUUCUUCAAGGAACUCCAGAGCAAGUACGGCAUCUCAAAAGACUGGGUCGAAUUCAAAACCUACCACCGUAAAGUACCCGCAUGUCCUCCUUUCACAGGAAUAGGACCGCCUCCGAUCUGCACCCAUCCCCAUUUCCAGUACGAAAACUUCCCCAUGGCUAAAGAGGACUUCACUAUCCCCAAUCCCAAGGACUCAAUCAAGAACGCGCUGCCCCGUUUCCAGCAGCUCCAGCUCGACCUAGCUGCCACAUGGGGCGACCUCUCUUUCUUCCUCUGGGACGGCGACGAUGACGACGCUGUGGCUGCCCUGUCCAUGCCAGUGUUCAUGCUCCUGCAAGCCGUUGACUCCAUGGCGACAGUGAAGCAGAUCGGCGAAGAAGAAAAGGAGCACGAGGAAGAGGCGAAGCGUAAUCUGAUCCUCCUCAUCCUCUCAGCGGUCCUACUUAUCCUACCAUUUGCCGCAGAGGUCGUUGGAGCCGUGACGGGCAUCGCCUGGAUCGCAGAUGCCGCCACAAUUGCGGACGUCAGUGCCAGUAUUGCGCUAGCGGGCUAUGACAUUGUGAAAGAUCCAAAGUCGGCACCCAUGGAGCUCCUGAAUAUCCUGUUCGCUGGUUCGGGGCGCACCGCGAAGAAUUUCUCCAAGGCUGCGGACGUUCGUCGCGGCAUCAAGGUGGGCGAGCUGGCCAAGUUUGGGUCUGUUUUUAAGGAACAUGAUGAAGCUUUGCAGAGUCUUAUCCGGUUUUGUAAGAAGUGA